CUUGUAAAUACAAAAGCUUAACUCGUAUUUCUCUCAUAUUCCAUCGCAAACAUAUCAGGGCACAGUAAAAAUAACAUGAGACCAUGAUUCAGAGCCCGACAAGGCGACAACGCAAAUUCCGAGAUUUUAAAAACACAGCAGCGGAUAAAGACGUUAUUAUAUACCGCGUACCUGCAUUGGCAUCAAGAACCAUGGAUGUCGUCGUCGUCGCGUUUCCUUCUCCUUCCGGCUUCCUCGGUUCCUCCUCCUCCGCAGCUAAUCUUCCCCACCCCACGCUAAACUUUGCAAAUCAGCAGCAGCAGCAGCAACAAGCGACGGGCCUACUUUGCCGCCGGUGAUGAGCCAUGGAGCAUUGUCUCCGACAACCGCCGCCGCCGUGUCCGCGUCCGCCAUCGUCGCCAAUACCUCCAGAGGGUACCACUACCUCAAGAUCGACGGCUACUCGCACACCAAGGCCACGCCCACCGGCGAGGCCCUCUUCUCCUGCCAGUUCGCCGUCGGCGGCCACCGCUGGCGCAUCUGCUACUACCCCAACGGCAAUGUCCUGGAGGCCGCGGACUACAUCUCCAUGUUCCUCGUGCUCGACGAGAUCGUCGUCAGGAACGUCAAGGCUCAGUUCCAGAUUUGCUUCGCCGGCCAGGUUGAGAAGCAGGCGCCGUCCUUGGCAUGGAAGACCGUUCGAGCGUUCAAUAAGCAAACUUCUUCGUCUUCUUCCUGGGGUUACCCCAAGUUCAUCAGGAGAGAAGAUUUGGAGAAAUCGGAGUAUCUCAGGGACGAUUCGUUCACCAUCCGGUGCGACAUCAUCGUGGUCGACAAUUACCGUGCCGAGGACGCCAGCAGCGGCGCUGCCGGCUUCGUCUCCGUGCCCCCGUCCAACCUCCAUAGCCACCUCGGCGACCUCCUCAAGAACGAGAAGGGCACCGACGUAGUGUUCGAGGUCGCCGGCCAGAGGUUCACAGCGCACCGGUGCGUGCUCGCGGCACGGUCACCGGUCUUCAACGCGGAGCUCUUUGGCAUGAUGAUGGAGAGCGACACCACCACCAACGAUGCCAUCCAAAUCGGUGACAUGGCGGCGCCGGUGUUCAAGGCGUUGCUCCACUUCGUGUACACCGACUCGUUGCCGGAGACGAUGGAGGAGAGGGAGGACACCAUGUGCGAGCAUCUGCUCGUCGCGGCGGAUCGGUACAACCUGGAGAGGCUGAAGCUGAUCUGCGAGGAAAGAUUGUGCAAGUACAUUGGCAUAGGCACGGUGAUGGACAUCCUCGCGCUGGCUGAUCAACACCACUGCAAGGGGCUGAAGAAGGCGUGCUUCGAUUUUCUCAGGUCGCCGGCGAACCUGAGUGCCGUCACCGGCAGCGAAAGCUUCGAGCAUCUGAGCAGGAGCUUCCCCUCUCUUAUGAAGGAGCUUGUUGACAUUCUAGGAACUUCACAUAAUUAUGCUUGGUGA